UAUAUAGCACCGUCGGUUCCAUAUCCGGUCUCCGUACGCCGGCCGUUGACAUUGUCGCCGGAAGGAAGAACGUCUUGCCAAGUGCAAAUAUCAGCGGGUUUCCGGAUUUGCGGACUUUGGGUGCAACUCAGACCGAUUAGUCAGUGGGGUCAUACAACGGUUGGUCCCCAAAUGUAGCGUGAAAGUAUACAUGUGUGGGUCCCAGAAGGCAGGCGUGCUGAUAAAACCGGUCAGAACAGAGAGAGAGGGGGGACGGCUCGUGUGCGAGUGGAUCGAAGUCCCAUAUUUCAUCGCGCAUCACGUGAGACAUAUCGAUUGGAAUCGAGCCCUAGUGUGCGGACGGAACAGUGGAACACCUCCGGUAGCCAUCUCACACACUCACUGUACAUACACAGCCGGAACACCGGUGCGGACGGUCGGCUAUCCCUGGACAGGCUCCCAACACACAACAGUUGCUGCGGUCAGCGAUAGUGCUCGCUGUAUCCACCCCUACCAGCUAGGAAGAAACCUGUGCCUCAGAGAAACAUGCCGUGGAAAGCGCCAGCGCCGCCGAGCCCGUGCUCUGUGUGCGAGAAGUCCGUGUACGAGAUGGAGAAACUGACGGCGGACGGACUCAUCUACCACAAAUCCUGCUUCAAGUGUUCCCAUUGUAAGAAGGUGCUCAGUUUGGGGAGCUACGCCAGCCAGGAGCGGCGCCUGUUCUGCAAGCCGCACUUCAAACAACUCUUCAUGACCAAAGGCAACUACGACGAGGGCUUCGGCAAGGAGCAACAUAAAAAACAGUGGAUCAAAUGAUACCAUUCUACAUUGAGCGAGCAACAGAGGGACUGAGCCUUAAUUGAAAAAAAACUCAAUAUCUUUGAAGAAGCCCUUACAUGAAUUCAUACAAGUGUUUUAUAUUCCGUAAUUUUCUGAUCCUCUUGAUAGUUUUGACCUUUAGAAACUUGUAGCUUCUAUUCUACAUAGUCCACGGGUAUACAGGCGUAUUCUCCAAGCAGAGGUUUCGUCUGGAGGGAGCGAGGCAGCGAGGCAGCGUUAAAAAGCGCGACCACUACUAGCCGCCCGACGGAAACCUCUGCUGGGAGAAUGAUACAGACGCUCUCAGUGUAAUAACCAUGAAGAGAGCAUAAAAACUGAUUCUGGAGAAAAACAUACCAGUCUACAUUCCCAAUGUCAACAUUCUUUCGACAAGUAGAAAUAUAGGGUACCCGGAUGUUCUCAGUCACGUGAUUCUGACGUCAAUAGCGGCCACCAUGUUGGUUGGUUAAAAUUUGUGGGUAGUCAUCCUCGAGAUGUGUUCUUAACAGCUGAUCUACCUCCACCUCGACAUGCCUGAUUGCUACUUCUGAUUAGAAACUAGAGAGCACUCAACACCAUGACCAGAUUACGAACCAUUGAAUUUCUUUCUUUGUCGUGCGUUCCAAAUAUUAAUGAUCGAUCCCCAUCUUGGAUCUAUCCAAACCACCAACAUGGCGGUGGCUGAUUAUCAAUUGUGACGUCACUUAAUACUUGCAAACGCCUCAAUAAACUGAAAGCUGCCAGGAUAUUCUGUAUAUAUAUAUAUAUAUAUAUAUAUAUAUAUAUAUAUACAUAUAUAUAUAUAUAUAUUACAUACGGCUUCAUCUGAGAAUCUCUGAGCACGCAAUUAGGAAAAUAGAGAGAAAAUAGACAUGGUGUAGAAUGGGAAGUCUAUUUAGUACCUUCGUAUUGCACGUAAACGUCUGCCAGAUUCUAUCUGUACGUUUAUUGGUUAAUACAAAAUGUGCCACAGUUGAAGGUAAUGGUAAUAAGGAAAAUGGUGAGAAACGCGAUGGACACGGACACGUAACUUCUCUACCUGAUUGUCGUAUAUUGACCACGGAAAGAGUUUCAGCUGUAUACCACUGUAUAUAGCACUAUGCACAACUGAUCGUCAUGUUUUAUAUAUCGGCGAGACAACAAAGUUGCUUUUUGUAUUGUUUAAGAUGUACAAUAUGGUAUUAUGGUCACAAAAGAGUCUACGCCUACGUUAUGCACUGUAACUAUACUAGUGUUUAAGCUCUAGUAUUUGCCGCUGUUUCAAUUAAAAAAGACAACAAGCAUUUAGUGGACAUACGCCAAGCCUCCAGUGCCGUUGCCAUGGUAUCCGUUACGUCACACCCGACGUAGGUUCAAGAUCUUGCCAGUACCACUAGUAACACAGAACUAUACACUCAACAAGACACGGAAUUCUUGCAUACAUAUUUGUCAAGUUUCUUGUGAACAUGACAUGUUGAUUGUGUCUUUUUUAAAAUGAUAAGGAUGAAAAAUAGUAAAAGGACUGACUAACAGUUCCAUGUCCUAUGUGACGUGAUCAUUAAAGUCAAUUCCAACAA